CUUAAUACUUGGGUCGUUCGUCACGUUUCUUUUGCAGGUCAUUCCACCCUUCUAAAACUGCUCUCCUUCCCGCCACUUCCUAUCUUAUGACCCAUACUGUGGCGCCCAAAGCUGUCCUGAAUCAAGUGAAGCAAAGGCAUGCACAAACCAACCCUGCUAUGCCCAACUCCUCUCACCUCAGCCGAUGGAUCGCCAUUAUCAGCCAUUACUCUCGCAAAGGUUUCUACGAAGAAACCCUCCGCCUCUUCCGCCAAAUGCAAAACGAAGGGUUACCCCCUAGCCGCUUCAUCUUUCCCAGCGUCCUCCGCUCAGCUUCCAAAAUUUUCGAUUCCAGAAUCGGCAGAUCCCUCCACAGUUCAUCUAUCCGAUCAUUGUUAUCUUCAGACCCCUUUAUUUGCAGCGCUCUAAUCGAGUUCUACAGCAAAUGCGGCCGAAUAAAAAACGCCCGACAAGUGUUUGAUGUAACGCCUGAGAAGGACUUGGUCGUCUGGAACUCCAUUGUCUCGGGAUACGCUUCUCAUGGAUUACUCGAAGAAGGUAUGUCCUUAUUCCGAAAAAUGCAAUCUUGCGGUCCAAAACCGGAUUUAUUUACUUGGAAUUCUUUAAUUUCUGGGUUCGCCCAAUCGGGUAAUGAACAAAUGGCUUUGAAGCUUUUUGAUUCAAUGAAAAUAACUGGAAUUGAAGCUGAUGUAUUCUCUUGGACGUCUCUUAUUUCUGGGUCUGUACGCAAUUUCAAUUACAGAAAGGCUUUUGCUUUGUUUCAACAAAUGGUGGAGGUCGCCCAAAUUCGGCCGAGCUCAGCUACUAUUAGCAGUCUAUUACCGGCUUCAGCCAACGUUUUGAAUCUGAGAAGAGGUAAAGAGAUACAUGGCUACGCCAUUGUUAACGGAUUCGAAGCUGAUUUGUUUGUGAGCAGUUCGCUGGUGGAUAUGUAUUCGAAGUGCGGGGUCAUAUCCGACGCAGAUAAGGUAUUCGACCAUAUGCUUGUCAAGAAUACGGUAUCAUUUAACUCCAUGAUUUUUGCUCACGCAAAUCAUGGGCGCUGUGAGAAAGCUAUAAAACUUUUCUAUAAAAUGAAAAUCUAUGGUUCAGUGCCUGAUCAUUUAACAUUCACUGCCAUCUUAACUGCUUGUAGCCAUGGAGGAAAGGUAAAACUUGGGAAAUAUUUGUUUAGAUUUAUGCAGGAAGGGCACCAGAUUGUACCCAGGCUGGAGCAUUAUGCUUGCAUGGUGGAUCUUCUUGGAAGAGCUGGUAAUCUAUUUGAGGCUUAUGAUUUGAUCAAUGGGAUGCCAAUGGAGCCAGAUUUCUUUGUUUGGGGAGCAUUGCUUGGGGCUUGUGAGCUCCAUGGGGAUGUCGAGCUUUCACAGAUUGCUGCGAGGCAUUUGAGUGAGCUUGAGCCUGACAACACUGGGAGCUUGUGUCUUCUGGCUAGUCUAAUGGUGAGUGCAGGGAGAUUGGGAGAUGCAGAGAAGAUUAAGAAGGCAAUAAAGAAGAAGAAGUUGAGAAGAUACUUGGGAUGUAGUUGGACACAGCAGUAACUGUUAAGAAGUUUUGCAUUCAUGGUAUUUUUUUUUUCUUGCAAAUGGAGCCAAAUGAUCUUUAAGAAAAUUAAGUUUCAUGGAAGGUGAGAGAGAGAGAGAGAGAGAGAGAGAGAGAGAGAGAGAGAGUUCUGAUAGGAUCAUUGUUGAAUUCAUCUCAAAUCAACUUUCUGAUUCCAGCAACCAGAUGGUCUUGACUGAGUUCAAAAAUUGUGCUACAUCAGAUCGAAUUGCAAUGUCCAUGUUUUGUUACAGAGGAGCCUAAUUUUUGUUAUAGAAAGAAGCAUCUUACAAAGACUUAGGCUUUAUUUGGGACAAGUUUCUUUUUUCUUUUAAGAACUUCUUAGUAUAAUUUUUUUUCAACUGUAAAUUUUUGUACUAAAAAGUUGCUUUAGAAAAUAGUAAGAAAUAUGUUUGGAAUGAAUCCUUUGCUCAUCAAUUAGGUUGUACAUAUAUAAAGUAUUCGGUGUGUUUUGCAUUGAUUUUCUUUGUAUUUUA